UUCCCUCCUCCCCCGGCCGGGCCCGCAGGGGAGAGUGACACUCACCAGGCGGCUCCGUCCCGGCGGCAGCCCCCCGCGCCCCCCUCCGCCUCUGGUAAGCAGUUUCUGAGGACUGAAGGACCGACCUGCUAAAGGGAACACCUGCUUUUGAGAACACCAUCAUAAGAGGUGACCCAGGAGAUUCCUGACAGUCGGAUAUUUGCCAGGUUGCGAAGGUGCUAAAGCAUGGCUGACUUGGAUCACAACCUCAGUCUUGCGGAUGCUCUGACAGAGCCGCCUCCCGAGAUCGAGGAAGAGGUGAAAAGGGACUUCAUUGCCACUCUGGAGGCAGAGAAAUUUGAUGAUGUGGUUGGAGAAACAGUAGAUAAAACAGACUAUGUUCCUCUGCUGGACGAUGAUGAUGCAAAAGCUGGGAGCCAGGAGCCAAAAAGCAAACCCCAUGCAGACGGUAUUCAGGUGGAACAUACUUCAGCUUCUGGGCCAACAGUUGUAGAAAAUGGUGACCAUGGAAUAGAAGAUCACCGCACAGUAUUCCCAGGAGAAAUCAUGGAUGAAAAGCUGUCAUACAAAGACUUUCUCAAUCGCAAUGACUCCUGGACGAUGGAUGACAGAGACCUGUGCUUUGAAUCGCAGCCCGUAUUCAAACCCAUGGAGAUGGCUGACCCCUUCAGCAUGCACAGAGGGGAGAAUCUGCCUGAUUUAUCAUUUCCUACUGACAUGAAGAAUGUGCCGCUGUUCACGGGCCAUGUUGAUGCUUCCAGAGACAUCCAUGCACCACAUGGAUCUAUGAUGGUACCUGAACAACCUUUCUUGGGGCCCCUGUAUUCUCCUGCAGAGGCUCUAGACCCGUCAGCCUUCAUUGGCCUGGAUUCAACUGCAGAAUUUCUGCAAGACAAAGCAGUGUCUGAAGAGCAUUGGAUGGGCGCUCAGCAUGACGCGAAGGGACCAGAUGCCUCUUUCUUUGUUGAGCCACCAGUGCCCCCCACAGUGACUGAAGCAAUAAAGCCGAAUUUUCUGGAAAGCCCUGCGGCGGUGGCUCCUGGUUUUGUUCCUGCUGCAGUAACAGCAUUCCCAGGAGAGGCUGAAGCUACUGACGGACCAAAAGGUGCGGCGUCAGCAGAUGCAGCGUGUGUUCCUGCCUCGGACGUCCUGUCCCUUUCUGCAGAGAAAGCUGGGUCCGUUCUUGCAGGAGACACCAGGCCUCCUCAAGCUGCGGAUGCUGGAUUUGCACCUACAGCAGGAGCCAACGCUCUGCAGGCUGCGGAGGUUGAGUUUGCUGUCAGCGAUGCGUCCGCCCCAGUGGCAGCUGCGGGCUUCACCCCAGCAGCAGAUGCCACAUCCCAUUACGCUAUGGAUUUGGAGUUUGCCCCGGCAGCAGAUGUGGAAUCUCACCAUGCUGGGGAUUUGGAGUUUGCCCCGGCAGCAGAUGUGGAAUCUCACCAUGCUGGGGAUUUGGAGUUUGCCCUGGCAGCAGAUACGAAAUCUCAUCAAGCUAUGGAUUCUGAGUUUGCCCCGGCAGCAGAUGCAGAGUUUGCCCCUGCAGCAGAAGUCAACCAUCAUCAUGCCAUGGAUUCUGGGUUUGCUCCUGUAGCAGAAGCCGAGCCUCUUCCCACCAUGGAUUCUGGAUUGGCCCCUGCAGAAGCUGAGUCUGUCUCUGCAGCUGACGCCGAGGUUGCUGCAUCUGAAGAGCUGAUGACAUCUGAGUCUUCUCUUGAGCAAGACAAGUCACCCUUCGGCAAACCUCUGGCAGAAGUGAUUGCGAACGUGGAACAAGAAUCGCUGGUCGCAGAAGCUUGUGUCGAUCUGUUGGAGAAGGCUGAAGACAGCAGACCACCUCCCAGCCACCACGACGAGCAUCUUCCCCAACAGACGAACCAUCUUGCAGAACCAGCAGUGCCAGUAGAAGCAAAAGAAGCCGUUGCACUAGAAAAUAAAGACCUCCUUCCAGAAAAAUCUGUUACUACUGCGGAUGUUACUGUUACAGAGACACAAAAGGAGGCGGCUGAACACAACCAUGUCCAACACGCAGAACCUCAGCAAGAAAAAACCCUGCCAGAGCCCACAGGUCUACCUACCGCACAAAUAAGGCAAGCUAACAAAUCGAGUGAACGCAGGUUUGGCAGAGCAAAACCUGCACCAGUGCCUAUUACAGAUGUACCAGAGGAACGUCUAAUAGGUCUCCCUCAACAGAAGAGUUCUGACCCAAAAGUAGACCCCUAUUCUGUAGUGGAACUUGGAUGUGGUGCUGGACCAUCCCCUCGCGCUAGGGUUGCGCAUAAAAAGGCAACUGAGCAGCCAUCCAGUGUGCUGUCGGAGUUUGCGGAGAGCUGCAGAGAUGUACCAAGGGAGAGCUGGGAUUUGGAAGGUUCUCUGGCCAUUGUGAAGAAAAAGAAAAAGAAACCAAAACAAAAGAGAAACCAGCUGCCGAGAACAAUGGAGUUCUGGGAUGAAAACGUAACAGUCUCAAAAGCUCCUAGAAAUCCUCUGUUUGCUGUUGAAUUGCAAAAAGCAGAUGUCUGUCCCGUAGCGCCUGCUGAAGCUCGCAAAGAGCAGUCAGUUGCCUCAGGAGGCAGAGCUUCAGCUAUGCCAAAGGACGCUAAACUAAUAUCUGGGAGUCAUGUCCUGGAUGAUCAAAAUGCUUUCUCAGCGCCAGCACCAAGACAGCAGGCUCAAAAACCCAACGUGCCGUUAGAAUCUGUCUUGGAUGCAAAGAAUGGAGAUGUCACGAAAACAGAAGAAAUGAGAGAUGACGGCUUGAUGUUGCAAUCUAAAGGCAAAAGAAAUGAGGUUCCCUUGGAGCAGGCAGGCAAGACUAAGGUGGGGGAAUCUGUUAGAGCAAAGGUGCCCACCAAGCCUAUGGAAAGAGAUUUUCUUGAUAAAAACGAGAAGACGGAGUCUAAGGAGUCAAAGCGUGCUGACCUGACGGCAUCUCUUUCAGAAGCGAUCAAUCUAAGCAAAAUAGAGACUCCUUUCGAGUCCAAACCUCCAGAAUUGCUCCUUUCUGAACCAGAUAAGGAGGCAAAAUGCACAUCUCCCAGGCGUGAAGCAUUCAGUGACGCUGUCCGCUGUGAGCUUCAGGCUUCCAGCAGGUCACUGGAAGAAGCGGCAAAGGAAAGAGGUAGUCGUGAAAAAAGCAAAGGGCUUGAAAAUGAAUCCUUGAAACAGCCUACUGUUCUAGAGGCUGCGGCUCUGUCCGACAAGCUUCCUAAGGAGCCGGAGGCAGCUGAUGGAACUAAACCAGUGUCCUCUGAUGAGUGCAUGGCCGUUGACUUCAGUGCUUCAGAGGGAGCAUUGAAGACCCCAACAGAUGCUACUAAAAUCCCUGUUACACCAUUAGUUAUACCAAACCCCGAGGAAGUUACUGCUUCGCAAAACAGAAAGGCUGACGGUUUUUCCGAGCAGCCGUUUCUUGUGUCGGCUAAGUCUGAUGCAACCAAGCAUCCCGCCUCCGCCGAAGCAGCGGACAGAGCGACGGUAGCAGAUUCCCCUGAUAAAAACAAAGGGAAAGGAUUUACUGCGUUAGAGCAGCAGACUGGAAAAGAUCCCAGUAUUGCACGUGGGAUGGACAGACCUAAAAAGAGGCGUGGUGAAGGGAAAGUUAAAAAAAUCAAAAGCUUCUCUGAGCAGAUGAUGCUUUCGGAGGAUGUGAGCAAAUUUAGUGAUGAAGUGAGGACAGAUGAGACUAUAAAAGAAACAACUGUCCCUGAUAAGGGCAGGGGUUUUGCUGCAAGAGGACAUCCGUCAGUAAGCUUCACACACACUUAUCCGACAGACAAGCCAAAAAAAAGAGGUAGUGACGGAAGAAAUAAAAAAGGUGAAAAAAGUUUUUUCCAGCAGCCAUUUCUUGAGAGUAAGAUGGACCCAGGUAGUUUUCCUGACGAAUUUGAUAAAACUAAGGAAGUUAGUGAUAAAGGCAGAGAGAGGGGCUAUAUUACUGCUGAGUGUUUUCAGGAGAAUGCAUCAGGUGUAACCAAAAUGCAGAGGCCCGUUGAACUGGUAACAGAGGAGCCUAAAGAAAAUGUUGGAAAACGUGAACCGGCUGAUUUGGGUGCUUUAGACCAACUGUUUCUGCCGGAGAGUAGGAGAGAGGAAGCAAAGCAUCUUGCUGUGGCUGACACGGUCAGCAAAACGAAGGAGGUAAAUCUGAUGAGUAAAGGCAAAGAGGCUGGAAUUACCUGUGCAAGUGACUCAGCUGUGAUAAAUUCUGAUGCCACGCUGGUGGCAGACAAACCUAGAAAGAGGUGUAGUGAUGGGAAAAGGAAAAAAAGUGAAAAAAGUCCUUGGGGACAGGCAGCUGUCCCGGAUGCUGGGGUGGAAAUGAGCAGUUUUCUGAGCAAAGAAGUAGCUGGAAGCGCAAAGGAAGGGACCUUUGAUGAAGGUAAGGUGUCUGGUUUUGAAAGAGAGCUUUUGCUGGAGAACCUGACAGGAAUAACCAAGGAGGUGCUGGAAAAGCCUGAAAUACAGGCUGGCAGUAGAAGUUUCUCUGAUCAGCUGGUUCUUUCGGGUCAUAAAAUAGAGACAGCAGAGCCAGAAAUAGUCAAUGCUAAAGAAACCUGGCCCGUGAAUAAAGAUAAGGAACUAGAUACAGGCGAGCCUCUCCCAGAGCACAGGACAGACGCAGCUGCGGCGCGUGGUCCCGCCGGGGAGUUGGUGAUGGACAAACCCAAGAAAAAAAGUAGAGAUGUGAAAGGCAAAAAGGCUGAAAAUAGUCUCGAGCAGUCUGUUGUACUGGGUCCAGGUAACAUCCCUGCAGUGGGUGAAGAGGUGGGAAAUAUUAAACAAACUCAGGCUUUUGAUAAAGGCAAAGAGCCUAAUUCCAGUACUUUAGCGCAUCUGCUAGACGAAGUACAGGCUCCUGCUGCCCCUCUGGAGCCAGAAAAAUCACAUGCAAGUGAUAAAGAGAAAUGCAAAAAGAUGGAGGCCAGCUUGCAGCAGCCAUGUCUUCUGGAGCCUAAAGCAGGCGCAGAGCUGUUUGCUACUCCUGACGUGGAGAUAAGUGACAAACCUGGAGCAGAAAGUCCCACUCCUUGUAGCAAGGGGGGUGGACUUCCUAUCCUAGAGCAUCCCGCAGGGGCAGAUCACAGUUUGGCCACAGUUACCGAUAGAUCUAAAAAGAGGGGUUAUGAUGGAAGUAGUAAGAAGGCUAAAAAUGCCUCGGAGCAGCCCGUUUCUCUAGAGCCAAAAACGAACAGGAGAGAAGUGCAGCCUCCCGUGGGAUAUGGAAUGGAGGACAUGGAUUUUGUAGAUGAAAACAGAAAUAUUAAAAACUUUCCUGUUGGCCCUCAAAUGCUUUGGAAUAAUAAAGGAAGCGACUUUGAACCCUUUGCUCAGGCUGCAGUGCCUGGCCCUGAUCACACCGGCAAUGUUUCUUCUGGCUUCCCAGAGCAGACAGAGGAGGGCGCGAGAAGUAAGGGGCUUCCUCCUCCUGAAGCUGUAGCAGAGAGCAGCAGCAACGAGCCUGGAUCUGGUGCUAAGGAGAUAGAGAUGCAGAAAUCUGGUGAGCAACCGAUCAAUCUGGGCCAGAAAGAGCCUGGAAAAGAGGUUUCGAAGAAAGACGGUAAAACCAAAGAGGCCGGGUCCCAGGAUGGGAGCGAAGCAGGUAAACCACUUUCUUUGGAUUGUUCAGUUAAACGGGACAUUAAAUCAAAGAAGGACGAAGUUCACCUUUCUGCUGUGGCAAAGGUGGAAGAUAAAGAAAUCAGACCCACUGAUAAAAAGUACAACACUGACAGCACUUCCUCAGACCUUCCUCAGAAGGUGGCAGAUCUAAAAACCGGACCAGCUCCUGUAGAUGCCAAAGGGACGGAGAAACUCGAAGCAACCGUCCCUUCUGCAGAGAAGGGUGCUGGGUGCGUUUCCCCAGAGCUUGCAGCGAUACCAGAGAGCAAAGCAGAAGCAGCCGUGUCGCAGGUUGUGGCAGAAGCGCUGAUGGAGAAUAAAGCCGAAGAGGCUGAGCUGGAUGGAGGUAGGAGUGAGCAGAGCUUGCUCAAGUAUCCGGGCGGUUUGGACGAUAAAGCGGCUGAAGCAGAGGCUGCUGGUUUAAAUCUUACAGCUGCCCAACCAACCACACUGAGUCCUAAAGAGAGCAACAAAGGGCUCGCUCAGCCCGCAGAAGAGGAUGCUGCUCACGGUGGGGAAGCUCACCUGAAGGAUGCUGUGGCGUUGAAGCCUGAGGUAGAUAAACCUCAAGCCGCAACUAAAGAAAAAGAAGAAUGUGACCAGAAAGCUGUGAAGGAGGCAAAGAAGGAGAGAGCUAAAGCAGCGGAACAGAUAAAAGGCUACAUGAGACCCACAAAGUCAAGAGGGGUGCCGACUCUGCCAGCCAGGUCUGCCGCUCCAGACCGAGAGAAACAAAGGCAGCUGAAACCCACUGGUAUGAGCCGGCAGAGGCAAGAAAAAGUGAAAGCAGAAGAGACCAAACCAGUUGAAGCUGUGACAGGGAACGACAUCACAGCACCUCCCAACAAAGAGCUUCCUCCCAGCCCUGAGAAGAAGACAAAGCCUGCCGCAUCCACAUCAUCUACAAAGCCUGCCGCACCGAAAGCCAGGCCCCUGUCCGCUACCAGCCCCAAACGGCCAGCCUCUGCCACGCCUGGCCCAAACAAAAAACCCACGAGCCCUACCGCAGGUCCUACUGCAGCCACCACUACUAAACGCCCAGCCACCAGUACUACACGUCCCUCCACCUUAACUCCAAAAGAGACUAAACCAAAGGUUGCAGAUGCGAAGACCACGGACAAGCGGACCUCACUUUCAAAGCCUCCAUCAUCUGCCUCUCCUAAAACUACCGUCAGGAGCACCUCUGCUACUCCUAGGACAACGGCCGCAUCGCCAGUCACUGCAGCUGCUGCCGCGAAAAAUACUGCUACUUCUCCGCCGAAGAGGCCAACGUCUAUCAAGACGGACGCGAAGCCUGCAGAUGUGAAGAAAACCUCUGCAAAGUCGCCAUCAGCAGACUUGAGCCGCCCUAAGAGCGCUACUGGAAAUGCAGUGAAAAGUAGUGCCACCACUCCUUCUACCACCGCCUCCAGCGCGCCUACCUUACCUGGAGUAGCUACCAGUCGUCCCAAAACCAAGCCUGCUGCAACCAAACCCACCACAACCUCAACCCCAACAGCAGAUGCUAAAAAACCAACCACUAAGGCUCCGACUAAACCCAGCGCUGUUUCCAAGCCACCUCGCCCGACCAGCAGCGUUUCUGCUCCAGACCUGAAAAACGUACGUUCCAAAAUCGGAUCAACAGAUAAUAUUAAGCAUCAGCCUGGUGGAGGAAAGGGGAAAAUAGAGAAAAAGCCAGAAUCAGCCGCUGCUGCGCGAAAGUCUGAACCCAAUGCGGUCUCUAAAAUGGCUACUACUAAAACAACCGUAUCAAAAGAGGGUGCCCCAAAACAGCCCAAUGGGAAAGUCCAGAUAGUCUCCAAAAAAGCGAACUACAGCCAUGUUCAGUCCAAGUGUGGUUCCAAGGACAAUAUUAAGCAUGUCCCUGGAGGUGGGAAUGUGCAGAUCCAGAACAAGAAAGUUGACCUUUCCAAAGUGUCCUCGAAGUGUGGCUCUAAAGCAAAUAUCAAGCAUAAGCCAGGAGGAGGAGAUGUCAAAAUUGAGAACCAGAAGCUGAACUUCAAGGAGAAGGCCCAAGCCAAAGUGGGUUCUCUGGACAACGUGGGACACUUGCCAGCAGGAGGAACCGUGAAGGCUGAGGGCAGCGCGGAGCCAGGGCAGCUCCCGCCAGCCCCUCAGAACGGAGAGGUGACAGCGGCCCAGGCAGGCAGUGAGAUGCGGGAGAAUGGCGUAGGGCCGGCAGUGCCCACUGCCCUGAGCGGUGGUGACCAAAGGGAAAUUCAGAGCUUCGAGACUCAGAUACAAGAAACAAGCAUCUAAUGAUGACAUUAUGAUUGAAUCUCACAAGCUGACGUUCCGUGAGAAGGCCAAGGCUCGGACAGACCACGGAGCGGAAAUCGUCGUCUCCAAACCCCCCAACCUUUCCAGCAGCACUUCCCCCUGGCGUAGCACAUCCGUCAGCGAGAGCCUGGGCUCAGUCGCCUCCUUGUCACCGCUGCAACAGCCAGCUCCCCUUGCGGCGCUUUCUCAGCAAGGCUUGUGACCCCUCCCGGCCCCGUCUCCCGCGCGCUCCCCCCCAGAGUGACGCAGCUUGGCUCUCUUAACCCGGCGUCUGGCUUUAGAUGGGAAGGGGACAGCGUUUAGCAGGGCUAGCGUCCCUUUCGGCCGCGCUCGCUCCUCGAAGCAUCCUGGCUGCUCGCCCCUGCCCGAGCGUGCCGGGCUCUGGUGGUCCCUUCUCGGCUGGCAAGGGGCUCCCGUCCCUCUCCGCGCCUCGUCCCGUUGGCUUUUUAGGGGAUACUAGAGCGAGCGUUAGUGUCGUGUUUAGGGGACGGGCAUCUAGGGACUUCAGGCGGUGUCUCGCUGUCCCGAGCAGCGGGGAGACGCGUGGCGAGCGGGGGCGGCGGGGGGCUGGUAGGAGCACGCCCUCGCUGCUGGGGCUGAAGCCAGGCCAGAGUUAAUAGGGAUAAGCUGUGAUCUUCCUUCCUUCCUUCCUUUCUUUUUUUUUUUUUUUUUAAAAAACCCCAAACCCCAACCUUUUCCUCCUUGCCGCUUCAGUUUCUGCUGAUCCCGUUUGAUGAUGAUAUAUAUUAUACACACACGUUAGGCUGUUUUAACUGUUGACUUUAACCUUUUAUUCUUUGUGACGAUGUGUUGAUGAUUUAUCGUGCUACGAACCCAUGCUAAGUUUCCUUUUCUCUUUCCUUCUUUUCCUAACCGUAGGAGAGUAGAGACAUUAACCGCUGCUGCAGUGCUGGCUUCUUAUUGACAUAUCCAGCAAUUGUAACUUUUUCGUUGUUGGUUUUUUUGGUUGGUUUUUUUUUUUUUUUAAUAUUUUAAAACGAUGGAGCAAAUUCAUGGGAUUAAGCCAUGUCUGAAAUGAAAGGCACAAGAAUGUGUUAAAGGAAAACUUGCUCUAACAGAUCAGAUGAAGCCUGUGUUGACCGCAACGAGACGUGUUGACUCGCUGCUCGUAAAACCUCCGGUAGGGCCGAGCCGCCAGCCCCGGGGGAUGCCUGGGACCUCCUGCGCGUUAGCAAGGCAAAGACAGUUUAUUUAUUAACUUGCACAGCCGAAGCCCUGGGAUUUGUAUUUUUCCGGCCAGGGCCUGAGGUCUGGAGGAAAGGCAGGAGGCUGCUUUCGCGGCGGAGUUGCAGGUUAACGCAGGCCGUGAGUUCCGAGGCAAAAGCAGGUCUGUGGCGCGCGCGCGCGGUGUUUUCACGGAGGCUGAUGUAUGGAUAACCGUAUGGUCGGGCUUGAGCGAGUCUGGUGGGAGGCGGAGGCGGGGAAGGAAGGCAAGGUCGCCUCUCCCCCCCGGGGCGUCGGGCAGGGGGAGCGGCAGGGCUGGGAGGGAGCAGAGCCCUCGGCUGGGGCAGGGGCCGCAGGUUUCCAGUGCCGGGGAGUUGCAGCUCUGACUAGGAAGGAGAUUUACCUACUCUUGGAGGUGUGAGCUCCUCGUUUCGUGUUGCAAAUGACACUAAAGAAAAAAAAAAGAAAUGUAAAUAAAUUUAAAAAAAAAAAAGUGUUCUUGGGUCGUCAAACUAAUUUAAAGCGAAAAAAAAAAGGCGGAAUAACAAAACACUGGGAUCAAAGUGAACUGAACCAGGCGCGUGCUAAGGGGGGGCUGUUCAAGGAGGGACAGAGGGAAGCCUGCAGCUUCUCAUGCUUGUGGGAAUAUUUCUUUGGGAAGCCGACAAUGACACGAUAACCCGGAAUCUGUAUUUACACACAAAGAUUCUUAUUGCACUUGUAUUUUUUAUAUUAAAGUUUGCAUGAUUUCUAAUAAAAUGGCAUUAAAAUGUACUAGUUUGCAUCAAAGUCGUCUGCUAGUUUCAUAAGUGCUUUUUCCUCUGAAUACAAAUUUAAAUAAGCAAUGCAGAUUUGCACCUGAAAGGGGCGGUUAUAUAUACCCCAGAAAACUCCCAGUGUUUCCCUUCCUCUUCCUCCUCUUCCUCCUCUUCCUCCUCUUCCUCCUCUUCCUCCUCUUCCUCCUCCUCCUCCUCCUCCUCCUCCUCCUCCCCACCUCUCCCCUCCUGUCCAUGCCACAUCCCUCUAAUCCCAAACCAGGGACCGCGGCCGAGCCGGUGGCUCCCUGCCCUCGUGUUGCGCGGCCGGCCCCGGAUCGCAGCACUAACACCGCGGGCUCUGCCGAGAAAGGCUGGAGCUGGGGAAGGGGCCCAAGCCGCCCUCCCACCCCGCCGGGCCUGCAGCAGCCUGGGCAGGCGCCGUCUCCAGCUCCGGGCCGGGGUUGGAAACCUCAUUUCUCAAGCGAGCGGAGCUGUGGCGUGACGCUUUGACCCCCCCUCCCCCCCCCGCCGGUCCCGGGUGCUGCCUCCGACCACCCGCUCACCCGCAUGCCGCCCUCCGGUAUAUAUCACUGCCCCUUCGCUGACGCUUCCUUCUUUCUCUUACUGCUAAAUUCUAAACACCAGCUCGAUCUCGUCAAUCUUGGGUUGUAUUUUUUUUUUUUUCCCCCAACACUUGAAUUUGAGGGGAAGUUCAGAGGAGAGGGACGGAGAGGAGAGGAGAGCAGGCUGAUCCCCUCACAGGAGAAGGCAGAGGCUGCGCUUCCCUUCCCCAAGCAAUAAAGUCGAUCUGCUCCGGGCCAGGGCAGCUGCGGGAGGGCAGGCAGGGCUUGUCGAGAGGGUGCUGUGCCCGCAUGGCGUGCGCGGAGCCGCGCGUCCCUGCCCGCGACAGGCAAACGCUGCCUGGCAGCAGGCUGAAGCCGACCUCCAGGCUCACCGCCGGGCAGCAGCCGGGGCCCGGCCACGGGCUCGAGAUGGGGACGGCGAAGUCCGGUGGUGGUGGUGAACCAAAGAGGAGGUGGAAGCUGAGAUGUCGCGUUCCUCUUGCUGCUCUGCCCUGGUGCCGGGGGGUGUGAGAUGCCCGGCGGGAGGGAGGCGGCCGGGUGCUGGUCUUGGUUCAGGUGCGGCGGGAGGAAGGCAAGUGGCAACAUUGCACUUUAUCUUCUGAGAUUGCAAAAAAAAAAAAAAAGAAAAGCAAACCCCUAACGCCCUGCAAAGGGACAGGAAGGCCACCUGCUCCCCCUGCGUUGCUUUUAUCUGAUUUACUGACUGCUCGGCAGGCUCGGAUAAGGCUUUCACGUCGGCGCACGGUUGCGGCGGCAUUCAGGCCUGUCUGACCAUGCACAAACCUUCCCAGACUCUGCUGCGGUUCAGCUGAACGCUAACCGACCGACCUGUGCUUCUGUGCCACUUUCUCUAACACUUGUUGUGCCUGUGCUUAGCUGACAAACUAAAUCCAGAUACACUAAUUUGGUGUGGUUUUUCUAGGACAGCUUCAGUUUUAAUACAGAUUUUUUUUUUUUUUUUUAUUUUAUUUUAAGGAAACGGCUGUACAUAUUGCUAGCCUGGGAAGAGAGCUGUGUGUGGUGAAAAUGACUUUAGGUUCCUAUCAUCUGGAGAGAGGGGAGUGAGCUGGUUAGUGCUGAGACCUUAAACGAAGAUUGCAGAGAAGCUGCUGGCUGGCCGAGCGCCCGCCCAGCUGGGCAGAGCAGGGGAAGGAGCUGUGGGCGCCGUUGGCUUGAUCUAGGGCUGGAGCUAGCACACUCUCUUGUGGGGAAGGAAAAAAAAAAAAAAAAAAAAAAAAGUUGUGGUCUGACUUAGAUGCAACUUGAAUGUACACGUUCCUGAGAUGCCUCGUGUGGGUCCUCGCUUUCCCACAGCUGCACUUGGCAUGAGGCUGCGCUGGGGGAGGCAGCGUGGGGCAGAGGGGAGGGGUGGGGGGGCCAGGACAGCUGGGUGGCUGCAGGGAGCUGGGAGAAGUCGGGUGCUGGUGGGCUCGGUCCCUGCUGGAUGGGGCACAGCGGUGGCGUGUGCAGGCUGCGUGGGCGGUGCAUGAGCUUCGGGCAGGCUGGAGCCUGGUCCUGCCUCGGGCAAGACCUUUCCUAAGCUGAGGGUCGGGGUGCGCGUUGGCCUGGAGGUGUCUGAGCUGCCGAAGUGCAAGCAGAGCGGGCUGCGGGGCAGCGGGGUGGGAGCUGCGUCCCGGCAGGCGCUGGGGUCUCUCCCCGGCUGCCGGUGUCUGUGCUCGGGCAGGCAGGAGGCUUCCCCAUGGCCCGGGCUGCUCACCCUGGCGUCUCCCUUCGUAUCAGUGGCAUAUACAGUUACUUUGGGGCUUUUUAUACUGUUAAAGUACAUUCAAGUAACCAAGUUUGUGGGCUUGAGGCCGCAGGAGCAGGAGGCCGGGAGCCACAGCUGCCCCCAGCGCUUGCCUCCCCUCGGGUCGGAGUCCUGACCGCAAACUGAAUGUAGUUUUCUAUGCUGAUCCUCGCUGUUGUCCCCACGUAGUGUCGGGGUGUGUGUGUGGGAGGGCUCUAGGACCCUCAUGUGUUUGUGUCGUUUAGGCAGACUUUCUAGUUUUCUUGGAUCACGACAGGAGCUUGAGGUCAGUGACGUCCUUGGGGGGGGUGAUGAGGGCUCCUGCGUCCGCCCCACGCAUGGAAGGAGGGAUCAGCCGAGCCCCUCCUGAGCCAUUCAUGGCUGGUCAAUGCUGUCCCUGCAACAGCCCGAGCAGCCACAGCUGGUGGGAGGACAACGGCCCCCAGGCUUGGGAACAAUGUCACCCGAAAGCCGUCCUGGCAGGGUGGGGGUGGAAACCAGCAGUGGAAAGCGUGCUCCAUCUCUCCUUCCUCCUCACUGCCUGAAAUCCAGCUAGAGUAAGCGGUUGCCUUUCAAAUCCCCCUCUCCCAGGAGUCUCGCUGGCCACCAGCUGGUGUCUAGAAUAAGUGACCAGACACGAGACUCCCAUCUUGCCCCCGUUGUGAUCGUCCCACCCCAGCAUUGAGCGUUGCCUGCAGCUUCGAUUACCCCGUAACAGCGGUACGACGAGUAAUGCCAUAGUGGGGAAAUGGCCGGGUGGCUGGAGAGGACGGAGUGGCUGGAGACGAGGGCUGGGGGUGCAGGACCGGCGGGGGGGGGGAGCUGAUCCUGGCUCUUGGCUCCCUUCAUGGGUUCGGGAAGUCACUUAACCUCUCUGCCUCAGUUUCCCCAUCUGCAAGGUGGGGAUGAUACUCCUUACCUCAUCGGGCUGUUGUGAGGCGUGAGCAGUGUGUAAAGUGUUCUCUAAAUGUGACGUAUUACUAUUUUAUGUCAUAGGCUUAUUCUGUAGCAGCACCGUCUCCCCUGGGGCAGUGGGUGCUGCCCGAGGACGGGUGCCGGUGCCGUCAGUGCCGCUGGGGCAAAUGCCGGUGCUGUAGCUGUGCCGGGAGGGAGGCGAAGGCUGGGGCCGGGGGUUAGCGCGUGGGUCUGAGGCCUGAGACAGCAGCUUGGGGGGGGCCGGGUGGGGGCCGGGGCAGAGCCCCUCCUGCCUCAGGCCGAAUUCAUACCGGUUUGCUUCUGCCUUUCUGUCGUGCCCUCCUGCGAGGGGCUGUAAGACUGUCGUCUCCUUAGCAACAUUUCCUGACUUGAUGUUGUGAUUGUUACUAUUGUAAAGGGUUGAAAUAAAGCUUCUAGAUGUUCCUCCUCA